AUGCUCUGACCAAACCCACAAAAGAUCGUGAAAUCUAAAAUGAUAAAAUUCAAGCAAGCAGAAGAAAUCCGAAAAGCCCGGGCUCUCUGGAAAAGUGACAAAAUUUCUUGAGACGAGUCUCAAGAAAAAACAGUUGAUGGAUCUCUUAUGAACUUUAUUGAGUUAGAAGAAAGCUAUAUCGCAGAACUCGCUAAACGAGAAAAAGUGCAGAUGAAAGAAAGCAGUUUGGCUUCUUCAAAUAAUAAUUUAUCAAUAUACUCUCCUCCAAAAAAGCAAGUCUCUGACGCUUCGAUACAAUAUGAUAGUGUCCCUUAUUAUUUAAACCAUAAAUCAACUGAAACAGAAAAAAUUUCAUUGCUAAAAAAGAAGAAAACGAUUAAAAAGUUACCAGGUGGCCUGGUAAAUCAAGAAAGUGAGGCAAAUGAAGCUGAAAUAAUGAAAGAAAUAAAACCGAAUAUCAUUGAAAAAAUACCACCUCCUUUUAUAUUGAAAAGAUCGGAUAAAGACACGGUACUGAUUCAUAUGAUAGGAAAUAAAUCGUGAGAUAAGAAAAAGAAUGAGAAAUCACCGGGAGGAAGAUCAGUAAAUAGCAUUUCUCCUCAAAAAAGAACUUGAAAUGAUGUUGAAAAGAUUCACAAAAGAAGUGAGUCAACAAUAAAAGAAUUAAGGGACCUUUCCGACUCUUAUUUAUGCUUCUUCCCAUGAAUUACCGAAAUAUUUUUAUCAACCUUAUUUAUGUUGAAAUUUGAACACAGAUAAAUGUCCAAAAAAAUCUAAUACAAAUUAAUUCAACCCGUAUAGUAAAAAACAAUUUGAAUUCAUCUAGUGACGAACUAAAUUCGCUUGCAUUAAAAUUGGAACAAAAAGCUACUACUCCAGGGAUAAUUUUUUUUAAACUUUCCACAUUUGAUAAUAAAACAAGAAUUAGGCAAAUUUUCGAUUUUGUGAAAUUUAACUAUAUUAAAUUAGGUUCGAUAAUUUUUUUUAAUUUAAAGAUGAUUAAUUUACCAAAAAAUUGAAAGUUACCAAUAUUUUAUCUACUUUUAUGCAGGAUAAGAAAAGAGCAUAUUCCUUAUCACCACUCAUUUAGAGAUAUAGCCCUCACAAAGUAAUUAUAAUAUAGAGUGCAAAAAAAAGACAGCGAAAAGCUUCACAAGAUGAAAGAAUACUACUCACAAGUUAGGAAAACGUUUUUACCCCAAACCAGUCUCAAAAAUAAGCUGGAAGUCGAAAUGAGGCACCAUAAAAUCUGGCCAACAAAGUUAAUCCAAGGAAUCCAAAGGGUCAAACUCGUCGAUCUCGCAAAAGUAUCAUAG